AUGAAGUUCAACAUAGCGAAUCCGACAACUGGUUGCCAGAAGAAGCUUGAAAUCGACGACGACCAGAAGCUCCGGGUCUUCUGGGACAAGAGGAUCUCUCAGGAAGUCAAUGGAGAUGCUUUGGGCGAGGAAUUCAAGGGCUACGUGUUCAAGAUCAUGGGAGGCUGUGACAAGCAAGGUUUCCCUAUGAAGCAGGGUGUCCUUACUCCUGGCCGUGUGAGGCUCUUGCUCCACCGAGGCACUCCUUGCUUCCGUGGUUUCGGAAGGAGGAAUGGAGAACGUAGAAGGAAGUCCGUCCGUGGGUGUAUUGUGAGCCCUGACCUCUCGGUUCUGAACUUGGUGAUUGUGAAAAAGGGUGAGAAUGAUCUCCCUGGGCUGACCGACACUGAGAAGCCUAGGAUGAGAGGUCCAAAGAGGGCUUCCAAGAUCCGUAAACUCUUCAACCUUUCCAAGGAGGAUGAUGUUCGCAAGUAUGUCAACACCUACCGCCGGACUUUCACCACCAAGUCUGGUAAUAAAGAUUGUUCUUCACAGUUGAAUAUUAGGGUUAUUGGAUUAUUUCCUAAACUGCCUCCAAGAUUUUAA